AUGUCCGCGCCCCAAGACGACAAGGUGCUGCUGUGCGUGCCCUUCAUCACGCGCCUCCUCCAGGCCCACCACCGGGCCGCGUGUCCAGGGCGCCCCCUCUUCAUCGGCCUCAACGGCAUGCAGGGAGUCGGCAAGACGACGCUGGCGGCGGCCCUCGCGGCGGCCCUCCAAGACCGCGGCAUUCACACGCUCGUCUUCAGCAUCGACGACUUCUACCUCCCCCACGACGAGCAGGUCAGGCUCGCCGCGGGCCAUGCCGGAAACGCGCUCGUCCAGCACCGCGGAGAGCCGGGCACCCACGACGUCGCCCUGGCGCAGUCAGUCUUGGCCUCGCUCGCAGACAACACGCCCACCCGCAUCCCGCGCUACGACAAGGCCCUCUUCUCCGGGCAGGGCGACCUCCUCCCGGCCUCCCAGUGGAUCCGCGUCAACCACCCGGGCCAGCCGCCGGUCCGGGUCGUCAUCUUCGAAGGCUGGUGCGUUGGCUUCCGGGCCCUCGAGGCCGCCGAGUUGCGCGAGAGGUGGGCACGGCCCAGUAGGACGCUGCGGAACCACAGACUGCAGCAUUUGCAGUUCGUCAAUGAGCAACUGAGGAGUUAUGACGCCCUUACCGAUUUCCUUGACGCGUUUGUGCACAUCGACUCGGAGGAUGCAGUGUACGUAUAUGCAUGGCGGCAGGAGCAGGAGGAUUCGCUGCGAGCGACGAGGGGUGAUUCGACGGCGGGCAUGACUCCGGAGCAGGUGGUCGCAUUCGUGGACGCCUACUAUCCCGCUUAUGAGCUUUACACGGACGGUCUGAGGAGAGGCGUGUUCAGGGACAGGCCGGGUCGCCAGUUGCGCCUGGUUGUUGACAGGGACAGAAAGGUCAAGGAGAUUGUGCAGAUAUGA